AUGGUUGCUGAACAGAGACUGAUAACUUGUGCUCAAAGGGAAGCCUUUCCGGAGGAGCAUGAAGCAUUAGCAAAAAAUAAGGACAUUCCUGGUCGAAGCAAGCUAAGGUCAUUGAACAUCGGUCUACGGUAUGGCAUGAUAGUAGUAGGUGGUCGUCUUGAUAAUGCCAAUCUUUCACAAGACCAAAGACAACCAAUAAUUCUUCCAUACAAUCACAGAAUUACACAGUUGAUAUUCUUAGAUUAUCACAUGAAAUUAUUACAUUGUGGUCCUCAGUUAUUAUUAGCAGAAAUCAGGCAGAGGUAUUGGCCGCUGUCCGGUAGACUAUUAGCGCGCUCAACAGUUCGGAGGUGUGUGAAGUGUGUACGGACCAAACCGACCUUUCAAAUUCCAAUAAUGGCACCAUUACCAAGGGAAAGAGGGUUGAUCAGGAACAAAGGCGUGGGUAUCAAUAUUUGUGUGUUAGUAGUCGAGGACUUAACGAGCAAGGCUUUUAUAGCGGCCUUAAGACGAUUUGUUGCUAGACGAGGCAAACCCGCAGAACUGUGGAGCGACAACGGAACAAACUUCGUUGGAGCGAACAAGGAGUUGACCAAAUAUACUCAACAUCUUGGCAGCCAGCUAUCCAAUGAAGGGAUCCCCUGGCGUUUCAAUCCUCCAUCAACCCCUCAUUUUGGAGGGCUGUGGGAAGCAGCAGUUAAGAGCGCUAACUUGACUAGGACUACUGGAGAGGCAAAGCUAACUCUAAGUGAGCUCAGUACGCUGCUAUGUCAAAUUGAAGCCUGCCUCAAUUCACGACCACUGUCAUCUAUGAGCAGCGAUCCUAACGACUUCACAUCACUUACCCCAGCGCACUUCUUACUCGGUGCACUUGUAACGUCGUUCCCAGAACCUGAUUUAAAUGGCGAAGAACCACAUGCAAUGCGACGUUGGAAAUUUGUACAUCUUUUAUUUCAAUCCUUCUGGAAGCGAUGGCACAUGGAGUACCUACCCCAACUACAGGUCCGUGGAAAGUGGACAUCAGGAAGYUCCAACCUAGCAAUAGACGAUUUAGUAAUUGUCAAGGAAGACAACCUACCGCCCUUUAAGUGGCACUUAGCACGCGUUAUAGAACUACAUCCAGGUUGUGACGGUAACGUAAGGGUUGUGUCCAUACGUAACUCUUGUGGCAAAACAAUGCGCCGUCCAGUCGCAAAACUCUGCAAGCUCCCAAUCGGUUCAGAGGAGUCUGUUGAAAAAUAG